AUGGAUGUGUUUUCAAGCUUGCCAGAACCAAUAAUCCACCACAUAAUGUCUCUUGUACCCGCUAAAGAUGCAACCCAUAUGAGCAUUUUGUCAAACACCUUCCACUCUUCGUGGCGAUCCUUCCCAAUAAUGGACUUCGAUUUUCAGUUAUUCAUAAGGAGUUGUUCAUUGGAUGAUGAGAUAUAUGGAGAGUCAUUUUUAGAUUUCGUAGUAAAUUCUCUUCAAUACCAUGAGCUGACUACUUCUCUAGAAAAGCUGAGGUUCUGUGGUUCUCCUGGUGGUUAUAAGUUUGACAGUAUGUUUAAGAGGAUGAUAAACUUUGCCUUAGACAAUAAUGUUCGAGAGCUAGAGCUACAUUUUCACAUAGCAUGGAGAUUAUGUACUUACUGUUUGCCACCUGCCAUAUUUUCUGCUAAAUCAAUAAAAACUUUGACACUAAUAGCUAUUGCAUUGUCUCAGGAUUUGAUCUUAAGCUGUCCUUGUAUAAAGAGUUUCAAUCUCAUUAGUUGCCAUGGCUUCAAAACUGUUUUCUUGGCCUCUAAUGCUAAACUUAAAGCUCUAAGAAUAGAAGAAUUCUCUGACAUUAAAGACUUUCAUUUUGAAUCACCUGCUCUAUGCCUUGAAUCCUUUUCAUUUCACAGCUUUGUUAAUUCUGUGCCUGUAAAAUUCAACAUAAGUGGCUACACUACUCCGAAUCUCAAAUAUCUACGGUUAAAAGGCCAUGGCAUACCAGACAGAUUGUUCGAAAGCAUAAAUGCUGAAUUUCCUUACCUUGAGGCUUUAAUGAUACAAGACUGUAAUGUAUCCAAGAAGAAGGUCAAGAUUCAUCUUGAAUAUCUGAAAACUUUGGAACUGAAUAUGAUAAAUUUUAGUAAACUCGAGAUUGAAGCUCCAAGAAUGGUUUCCUUCACUUACAAACACGGACUUGUUAGAACUACUGAAAAUGAUAUAAGCAUCAGGUGUACAAAUCUCAAAUAUCUUCGAUAUAGAGCUACAGUGCCAUAUAGAUGGAUUAGAAAUAGCUUUUCUGAAUUUCUUUUUCUUGAGACUUUAAAGCUGCAUAUAUGGUCUGAAAACGAGAAGAUCAAGUUUCAUUUUGAAUGUCUGAAAACUUUCAAGUUGCAUUUGGGAGAUCCAAGUUCCAAGUACGGUUUCCUUCACUUGCAUAUGCUCUUCAUAUGCAAGACCUCCUGA